AAUAUGCGAUUGAUAUCGAUAUCCUGAAUACUUUCAUCUCUGAGAUACUCAUUGGUUAUUUUAUAAAAAUAAUAUAAAAAUGCUGCCGUUAUCACUCUUAAAAACAGCACAAAGUCAUCCCAUGCUGGUUGAGUUAAAAAAUGGAGAAACCUACAAUGGACACUUAGUUAGUUGCGACUCCUGGAUGAAUAUUAACUUACGCGAUGUAAUUUGUACUUCAAAGGAUGGAGACCGGUUUUGGCGCAUGCCAGAAUGCUACAUACGUGGAAGUACAAUUAAGUAUUUACGUAUUCCAGAUGAAGUGAUUGACAUGGUAAAGGAGGAUGCACAAGCUAAAUCGCGAAAUCGCGCCGAAAUGAACAAGAACCGUGGCGGCAAUUCCUCACAGAACCAAAACCAACGUGCACCUCGAAGCGGGAACCGAAAUAGUUUCGGUAUUCGCAGUGGGCCCAGUGGUGGAGGGCUGGGGAAUGGCGGUAUGCGUGCCGGUAAUUCGGGGCAGGGAAAUCGUCCACCCAUGCAGGGCAACAAGCUUAGAAAGUAAUAAAAUGUAAUGUUAAAAAUGAUUAAAAUUGCGAUCCAUUCGAUUUUAAUUUGCACAUGGUAUUCUUUGUUUUGGAUGCCUUUGUUUGUUAAGAGCAUUCGCCUUGAUCAGCAAAAUGU